AUGAAAUCCACCCUCCCCCUCACCCUCCUCACCCUCGCCACGGUGGCCCUGGCCCUCCCCUCCACCGACCACAGCAUGAAACAGCAACAUCCCAACGACGCGGUCAAAUUCCCCGCUCCCAAGGGCAUGACGGUGAAAGAAGGGCAGGAGAAAUGCGGCGACCAGGCCCAGUUGUCGUGUUGCAACAAGGCCAGCGUGGGCGGCGACACGACCAACGUGCACAAAGGUGGUGGUCAGGUGUCGGGUGUCUUGGGCUCUGGGUCUGCGUCUGAGGGUGCGAGUUUGUUUUCGGAGUGCUCGAAGUUGGAUGCGCAGGUGACCGUUCUUCUUCUCCUGGGUGUGCAGGAUGUCCUGGAUCAGCAGUGCAAGCAGAACGUGGCGUGCUGCCAGAGUAAUGGGGCGGAUGCUUCGGACUCGCUUGUCGGUGCCUCGCUGCCUUGUAUCGCCCUUGGAUCUAUUCUUUAG